AUGGCAAAAAGAGUUCCCCCGAAAGAACCUGAGAGAAACCUGGGGUUUGGAAGGGUGUCUAUGGACAUUUUAUCUGAUAUUCUGACCAACCUCAAUAACAGAAACAAAUCCAACUUGGAAAAUGUUUCAUAUCUGUGUGGAAAUCUGAGAGAUCGUAAAAUAGCGGAGUAUGUAUUUCACCUUUGUGCAGAACUAGGACUUGACCCUGUGGUUGGGUACUAUGCCAUUGAGAUGCUGAACAGGUUUAUGGCCAAAUAUCUUGAAGAUCUCAUCCGCAGACAAAAGAGGCAACCUACAAAAGGUGCACCAUGUAAGGAGACAGGAGACUAUAAGGAUCUCAUCUACCAAACACUCAAGGAGAAGUUCUUUGUUCUCAUCCUCUCAAGUGUUCAGAUAGCCAGCAAACUGGACCUGCACUCUAAUGUUGUUAACAACAACAUUGCGAUGGAUUUUCUGCACAGAGUCAGUUAUCCGUGUUCCAAAGAGAAACUCCUGGACUCUGAGAUAUUCAUUUUAAAAACUCUCAACUUUAAUUUGAAUGUGCCCAAUGCUCUAACAUAUGUCGAGACUCUUUUGGAAGUGCUGGGCCAUAAUGAUCCAACAGCCCCUGUGGCGCAACUGCACCGUCUCUGUGUGUAUGUGCUGCAGUUCAUUUACCUGCAGAGGGAGGCAAUCUACAACUCAUUGCUCAUAUCUGCCACUGGAUCCCCUAACCCAUCCUAUGAGCAAAGAGCCAAGUUUGUGUCUGUGACAGAAGACUUCAUGCUUUUGGGAGUUGGAGUUAUUGCUGUGGCUGCCUUUAUUCAUCAUAUCUCAACAUGGGAAAAGGUAGUGGAUGAGCUCACAGGCGUCACAGGAAUAUCAGGCCAGAGUAUCAUGGACUUUGCAUAUGUCACCCUAAUGCACAUCACCAAGAUCAAACCUGUGUGAUUCCUUUGUGUAUUUAAGCGUAAAGAGAGCAUCAUACAAAUAAAGUCAAGACUUUAGA